AGCAUGGGGUAGUGAAAGGCGGCUGCCAGGACGUGUUUUGGGCGCAACCUCCCACGCCCCUCUGACGUUGUCGGGAUAUUUGUCGGCUUUCUUCCGCUGUUGGGAAACACAAGCGAGCGGAGCUGGGACCGAGAUUGUGUGCGCUGCCUCCCCUGCCGAGGACGAUGCAGGCUUGGGUGCCGCCUCUCUUCCUGUCGCUCUGCCUGCCCGGCCGGCUGGCGCUAGCGCUGCCGCCGCCGCUCGUCCCUCACCAGGACUGCGAUAACUCCUCGGUGGAUCUUCUGCCACCAACCAACUUGACUGUGGCACUGAGCGGGAUUGGCUUCGUUAAUUAUAGCUGGUUGCCAAGUGAUCUCUUAAAUUCCAGCAAGUAUAGUUUCAGAUAUGAAAGCUCAUUUAGAUACGAUGGGGGUCCAUGGGAGGGAAGAAGAAUAAAUGCCAAUUUGAACCGUAAAGAAAUCAUGAUUCGUAACAAGGGCAUCAAUUUCAAAGUGAGGGCACUGGAGACAUUGAAGACGAUGGAGAAUUCUGACCCACAUACUUGUCGAGAAAGCAACUGGGUUGAUAUUUACAUUCCCCCUGAAGAAGGUGAUGAUAAUACUGCCGUCACAAACUUCUCCUGUGUUUAUUACAACUUUGAAUAUGUAAAUUGUACUUGGAUCAUCGGAAGCAUGGCACCUCCUGACACGAUUUAUACCUUCCAUUACUGGCAAGAAAGCAUGGACACCAUUCAGAACUGCACCAAAUACAUCUUAAAAAAUGGCAGACACGUAGGUUGCCAAGUUCAACGUGACCAGUUCGAUGAUAAGAAGGAUUUGAACAGUCGGGUUGCAGGAGUAAGUGCCACUGUAAAGAUAAAACCCUUCUACCACAAGCUGGACCACUCGGCUUUCGUGAAAUUGUGCCCUCCUUGGGGAAUAAGUGUGAUGAAAAUUCCUGAAGGGCAUUACGUAACCUGGGAGAUCCCUGAUGAUUGGAAGCCACAGUGUUUGAAAUAUGAAGUAAGAAUUAGGAGCAGCAAGAGCAGCUCCUGGACAGUCUAUCAGUUCAUAACCCGAGGAGAGAACAUCACUGGCACAGAUAAUAAGUCAAAGAACACCAUCCAAGUGCGAGUCAAGUACACCAUUUGUGGAAGUUCAGGAAUAUGGAGUGAAUGGAGUCCUGAGGAAAAUUUUGGAGAGGACAUCAGAGAAGCAUGGAAUUGGAGCAUUGCUUUACUUAUCUUCAUCCCUAUACUGAUGGCUGCAAUUGCGAUCACCUUCCUCACAAACCUGAAGAAGCUUCGGAAAUUGAUCCUCCCACCAAUUCCUGAUCCGGGGAAACUGCUCAAGGGCGUGUUUGGAGAUUCAAAUGGUGACCACUCGAUAAGGAAUAAACAUCUCAAAGGAAGUCUGACUUUAAAACCAGAAAUGGAAUUAACCUGCAAGGUCACAACAGUGGAACAAAUGAAAUUUCCUGCAGAAAGUGAAAGGAAACUGAUUGUGAAUGAGGUAUCGGAGGAAGAGGAGGUCCCCAUGGAUGAUGAUUACAUGCAGUAUAACCUGGUGACAUCAUGAUCACGGCACAUCCCUGUGUUUUGACAUUUACAAGGGUGACUAUACUGGAUUUUUCUGAUUUGCAAAUAAGAAAUUCUGAUACACAAAAAAUACAGGCUCAACUGUACAGAGCAAAGCAAGUGAGUCACCGGAAUGCAAGAAUGAGGAAUCUCGAGCUGUCAGUCUCUUGAUCCUUCCCAUCAUUCUCUAACCUGAUCACUCUGGUUGAACACCGUGAUACCCAUCACAGACUGCCACAAGUCCAGCUCUCGGUGCCCUUUGCUCUGGUUCUUCAUAGCGAAACCUUGUUCUGGCCUCAUUCUGUGCAGUCAGUAAUUUGCUUCUGUGUCAAUUCUCUUGUGUUGUCAGCCUCUAGUAGUGAACUGGGGGCAAGUUUCUUUUAUAUCAUCGGCUGCAUGUGCAGGUGAGGAGAGCAAACCUGUUGAGUGCAAACUGUCCAGUUCCAUGUUGUGGAGGAUGACCACAGGAGUGGUGUCUCAACAUGUUAAUAUACACCACUUGCUGGCAUUUGUUAGUUAGUAGAGGUUAACAGAUGUGAAUUAUCACACCAGUUCGUGCAUGUGUGCGCAGACACCAACACCACCCCCCCCCCCACACACACACACACACACACACACCACUCUGUACAUAGCUAUGUGCGCACAUGCAGAUAUAUGCACCACACUCCCCUCAAAGACUACACACACACCACCCUCAAACAUGUGCACAAGCUCACGUGCAUACUUGUGCACAGACCAAGGACAUGCACAAUAGAUAUAUGCAGAAACAUGUACAGAUAGACAUACAACAUGCUCAUACACAUGCACACACAUUUAUAAACCCAACAUAUAUGCCAGAUAUCAACAUGCCACACACAGCAGGGAACACACAAGUGGACGUGUGUACCACCACACCAAGAACAAACUUAUUUACCAGACACACAUAACUUCCGCCUCAAACUCGCAUAUCAGUUUAUACCCACUCAGUUAGAAUUAUGUUGUAAAUAAACAUGCUCCUGCACUAGAUUGGAUUUUAAGCUAUUGCAAUGGCAAGAUUGAGCAGCAGAAUCUAACCACACACAUGGACAUUUCUCCCAAUAGCUAAACUUCAGAACAUCGGCUUAAGGUGAAGCCAGUCUUUUUUCAGUGACUGGGGACUUAAAAGACCAAAUAAAACUACCUCCAAACUCCAAGCCUUUCCCAAUGCAAAUUUUGGAAUAGGUCUGGUUAUUGUGUCUGUAAUAUCUCAAUAACUUGGCAAUGGUUUAUAGCAAAAUGUUAGUGAAACACUAACACAACCAAUACUGGCUGAACUGGUGAACUUACUGGAUCUGGAAGAACUUGCUGAACUUACUGGUCAGUUAUUUCUGUUGAGUGAUCCAAAUCAUGUAUGUUUAAAACAAUGCAAUGGGACAAUACUAAAGGAUGGAGAUGGUGAGUUUGGAUAGGUAUGGCGAACUGGAGUUGUGAAAUGAGGAAGAGAUCUUUGGAAAACCUCAUUCAACCACCUUUACAAUCCAAAUAAUAUGAUUUGUCUUGUGCGUCAGACCAGUGUUGGAACAUGCCCGCUCCCAAGUGCAUGUUUGAUGCUGUGGAUUUUACUUCAGAAGGCAUCUUAUGGCAGUAGAGAUCUGUGCAUGUUUUAACUGGUUGUACAUCGUAAGCACUGCAGCUGAACUCUCUGCCAGUUUUAUCAGCCACACCCACCUGCCCUUUGAGUCCGCUUUCCUUUUUUCCAUCUUCUGCCGUGAAGCCACCUACUCCUUAGCAAACAGCUUUGUUAUUUGAGACUAAUUGUGCCUGAAGUUUUGAAGACUGCUGCUCUUGAGGAGAAAUACUUGCUGCAUAUAAUGUGAGAGUCUUUAACUCCAGUCAAACCUACAAUAAAUUUCUUGUAUUGCAUUUUC